CACCUCUCCUCUCAAGGGUGCGGUGGUGUGAACGACUCCGGACGGGGUCGGUCAGGCAGCCGAGGGGAAACUGGGUGGGGGGGUCUCCCCAGCGGUCGCGCGUUUGGAUCUUCCGGGCGUUUGGAUUUGAAGCGUUUGCGUGGCGAAUUUUCGCGGAACCGGUUCGUCAGCGUUUUGUGUCGCGUCUACGCGGUGCGUGACGUUUGUCACCUCUCAAGAGGUGGUGGACGACUGGUGGGCGGGUGGUGUGGACGACUCCGGACGGGGACAGUCAGGCAGCCGAGGGGACACUGGGUGGGGCCUCCCCAGCGGUCGCGCGUUUGGAUCUUCCGUCCGGGCGUUGGAAUUUGAAGCAUUUGCGUUGCGACUUUGCGCUCAGCCUGUCCGUGUCUACGCGGUGCGUGACGUUUGUCACCUCUUCUCUCAAGAGUGCGGUGAUGCGGGGUCCCCAGCGCGGGGACAGUAAAAGUAGCCAAGGGGUGGCUCGUUUGAUUCUUCCGGGCAUUUGGAUUUGAAGCAUUUGCGUGGAGAAUUUGCGCGGAGCCUGUUCGUCAGCGUUUUGCGCCGCGUCUACGCGGUGCGUGACGUUUGUCACCUCUCAGGAGUGAGGUGGUGUGGAUGACUCUGGCCAGGGACAGUCAGGCAGCCGAGGGGACGCUGGGCGUGUAAGGUGUCUCCCCAGUGGUGGAGCGUUUGGAUUUUCUGGACGUUUGGAUUUGAAGCGUUUUGCGUUGUGAAUUUGCGCGGAGCCUAUUCGUCAGCGUUUUGCGCCGCGUCUACGCGGUGCAUGACGUUUGUCACCUCUCCACUCAAGAGUCGAUGGUGGGGGGUCCCCGGGGUGGGGACAGUCAAGCAGCUGAGGGGACACUGGGUGAGGGUCUCCCAAGUUGUCGCGUUUUGAUCUAAAGCGUUUGCGUUGCGAAUUUGCGUGGAGCCUGUUGGUAAGCGUCUUGCGCCGCGUCUUCGCGGUGGGUGACGUUUGUCACCUCUCCUGUCAAGAUCGCGGUGGUGAGGGGUCCCCGGGGUGGGGACAGUCAAGCAGCUGAGGGGACACUGGGUGGGGUCUCCCCAGCAGUCACGCGUUUGGAUCUUCCGUCCGGGUGUUGGAAUUUGAAGCGUUUGCGUUGCGACUUUGCGCGCAGCCUGUCAGUAUCUACGGGGUGCGUGACAUUUGUCACCUCUCCUCUCAAGUGUGCAAGGGUGCGGGGUCCCCGGGGUAGGGACAGUCAAGCAGGCGAGAGGACACUGGGUGGGGUCUCCCCAGUGGUGGCACGUUUGAUUCUUCGGGGCGUUUGGAUUUGAAGCGUUUGCGUUGCGAAUUUGCGCGGAGCCUGUUCGUAAGCGUUUUGCGCCGUGUCUACGCGGUGAGUGACAUUUGUCACCUGUCAUCUCAAGUAGGCGGCGGGGUGUGAGGAGGUGUGUGCAGAGUCACGUUGAGUCGGGUGGGUGGUGGCCCUGCGUGGUGGGGAGCGCGACCCUGGUUGAGUGGGACGUGUCGUCGUCUAUGCAGUACCGUGUUUCCCCCCCGAACAUAAGACCUACCUAUUAACCCACAACUUCACCGUAUUUGAAUCAACGUAGAUGGUUGGGCCGUACUUACAAAAAAAUAACGGCCGUCCCCUGAAAACCAGCCCUGGGGUGUCUUCUUGGGGGAAAAAUAAAUAGAGGACCCUGUCUGAUUUUCGAGAAAACACGGCGCCUUCCAGAUAUCAAGAGCUCGAGAGAUGUGCUUAAAGAAAAUGAUCGAGAAAAAGAGUGUCAAGUAAAAAAAAAAAAAAAAAAAAAUCUCUCCUUGGUGACAAGGACGUCAAGAAUUUUGUCACCGGCGAAAGAGAUUAUGAAGUUGGACGGGUUGGAAUGAGUGGUCCCGGUUUCUCCGGAGGACGGAAUGUCGCCCAGGGCCUCCACUCCCGGCGGAGCCACUCGGCCGUGAUUCGAGGAGUCGAGGAGACUCCGGGGAUGAGGCCUCCACCCCGAGGAUGAGAGAGGCCGGCGCCAUGGCGUCCCUCGAUGACCCGGGGGACGUCAGGGAGGGGUUCCUCUGUCCCCUGUGCCUCAAAGACCUGCAGACCUUCCACCAGCUCCACUGCCACUACGAGGAGGAGCACUCCGGGGAAGACCGGGAUGUCAGGGGCCAGAUUAAGAGUCUCGUCCAGAAGGCCAAAAAAGCGAAGAACAAGUUGUUGAAGCGAGAGGCGGACGAUCGGGCCGAGUCGGGGAGCCCCGGAUACGAGUCCUUCAGCUAUGGGGGGGUGGACCCCCACAUGUGGGAACCCCAAGAGCUUGGCGCCGUGCGGAGUCACCUCUCCGACUUCAAGAAGCACCGAGCCGCGAGAAUCGAUCACUACGUCGUCGAGGUCAAUAAAUUGAUAAUCAGGUUAGAGAAGCUGACUGCGUUCGACCGAGCCAAUAUGGAAUCUGCGAAGAUCCGAGCCCUGGAGAGGCGCGUGGUGCCCUGGGUCCCCGACCAGGACGUCCCGUUCUGCCCGGACUGCGGGAGCAAGUUCAGCGUCCGCCAGCGGCGCCACCACUGCCGGCUCUGCGGGUCCGUCCUCUGCGGCAGGUGCUCGCAGGGGCUCGGGCUCCCCCUGGCAAACAAGCUCACCAGCGCCAGCCGGGAGGCCCUGGGCGCGGAGGCCAGCCCCGGCCAGUCCCGCCGGGGCAGCGUGGGCAGCGUGGGCAGCUCGGCCUCCCUUCUGGAGGACAGGGAGGAGGACGGCCUCAUCCGCACCUGCCGGCACUGCAAGGACACCCUGCUCAGGCACCAGGAGCGCCUGGACGAGAGGGACCGCACGCCCGAGGUCGCUAGCCUCUACCAGUUUCUCCCUAGCGCCGGCGAGACGACCUACAGUCUCGAACUCGCCAACGACCUCCGCGUGGAAGUGCAGAAAAUGUACGAGCUCAUAGAUGCCUUAAGCAAGAAGAUCCUGAACUUGGACUUGAACCGGGAGCCUCCGCCCCACCCGAAUACGUUGAGGCUGCAGAGGAUGAUCCGACACUCGGCCACGCUUUUCGUGCAGGAGAAGCUGCUGGGUUUGAUGUCGCUGCCGACCCAAGAGCAGUUUGAGGAGCUGAAGAGGAAGAGGAAGGAGGAAAUGGAGAGGAAGAGGGCACAGGAGAGACAGGCCGCCCUGGACUCCCAUCCCAGCCUCGACGGGAGGCACAGAGGCCCGGCCUCCAACGGGGAGGUCGCGUCUCUCCGCGCGGGACACGCCCGCUUGCGGAAGGCCGAGGGCUGGCUCCCGGAGGCUGGAGGAGGAGGAGGCCCGGACGCCGGGGAGGACUGCGACCCCCUGCUGCAGCAGAUCCGCAACAUCACGUCGUUCAUCCGCCAGGCGCGGGCGGCGGGCCGGGAGGCCGAGCUGCGCACUCUGCAAGAAAACCUCCGGCAGCUCCAGGACGAGUUCGACCAGCAGCAGACGGAGAAGGCCUUGGAGCUUUCCAGAAGGGAGGCCGAGGCGGAGGAUUUCCAGCGGGAGCAGCUGCAGAAGCUCCGGGAGCGCGAGUGGCAGCGGGAGCGCGAGGCGGCGGCGGCGGCCUCGGCCUCCUCGCUGAGCCUCCACGCGCGCACCAAGUCCCUGGACUUCCGAGAAGCGAGGCCGUUCCAGGUGGAGGCCCGCGCGGCCUCCGCUACUGCGGGAGGCGGCCUCGCGCGCGCCCUGGACCUGGGCGCCUCCCCGGUUCCGGGCAGCUUGGCCUCUACCUCCCCUUUGUCGCCCAUCCAGGCUUGCUGGGGGCCUCCAGCUUUGGGCCUCCAGUUACGUCCCCAGAGUGGCGCGUCGCCUCCGCCGCAAGACGAGGUCGCCUCCUUAAACCCCUUCGCGGAAGAGGAGGCCGCGUCCGGCCUCGCCGAGGAGGCCGCAGCGCAAGUCCCCAAAGAGUACAACCCUUUUGAGGAGGAGGACGAGGAAGAAGAGGAGGAGGAGGAGGAUAUAGGCGUCGGGAACCCGUUUGUCGCGGGCCGGGACCCUCCGCCGGCGCCCAACCCCUUCGAGGAGGAAGAGGAGGAGGAAGAGGGGGUACAGGGUCUCCCGGCCUCCGGACAGAGCCUCCUCCCGGCCUCCAGCAACCCGUUUUUCGAGGCCGGCUCCACAGCCGGCAGCAACCCGUUCGAGGCGGACGGCGACUGGCUCGACGGCGACAGCGAGCGCAUCGAGGAGGAGCUCCUGCUCCAGCAGAUCGACAACAUCAAGGCGUACAUCUUCGACGCCAAGCAGAGCGGCCGCCUGGACGAGGUGGAGGUCCUCACCGAGAACCUGCGCGAGCUGAAGCGCGCGCUGGCCAGGCAGAAGGGGGGCGCCGCGGAGUGACGGGGACGUUGAGGGGCGCUGGGAUGGUGGUGGGGACACGCAGCCGGGGACGGGGAACGCGGGAUGGAGCACGUGGCGUCGCCGGGGAUCGAACCAGAGCGAGGACGGAGACGCGCGCACGCCAGGGACGGGAGUGUGCGUUGCGCACUGCGCGAUUAUCCCCACGGCGACCGAAUAAUAAAAAGUGGGAGCUAGAACCGGAAGGGUCAGCGCCCUCA